GCGGGCGUGCCGGCCAGACUGUGCACCUGAGCUUCGGCGGGCCGCUUGGGGCACCGUCCCCGGCCCGCCCAGCCCCGCCAUGGCCAGGCAGCAGAGGACUCCGGCGCGCAGUCCCGAUAGCAUCGUCGAGGUGAAAAGCAAAUUUGACGCUGAGUUCCGACGUUUCGCACUGCCCCGCGCUUCGGUGAGCGGCUUCCAGGAGUUCUCGCGGUUGCUGCGUGCGAUGCACCAGAUCCCAGGCCUGGACGUGCUGCUUGGCUAUACGGAUGCUCACGGCGACCUGCUGCCCCUCACCAACGACGAUAGCCUGCACCGGGCCCUGACCAGCGGGCCCCCGCCACUGCGCCUACUGGUGCAGAAGCGGGCAGAAGCUGACUCCAGCGGCCUGGCUUUUGCCUCCAACUCUCUGCAACGGCGCAAGAAAGGGCUCCUGCUGCGGCCAGUGGCACCCCUGCGCACCCGGCCACCCCUGUUCAUCAGCCUGCCCCAAGACUUCCGCCAGGUGUCCUCAGUCAUAGAUGUGGACCUACUGCCUGAGACCCACCGACGGGUCCGGCUGCACAAGCACGGUUCAGACCGCCCCCUGGGCUUCUACAUCCGAGAUGGCAUGAGUGUGCGCGUGGCUCCCCAGGGCCUGGAGAGGGUUCCAGGCAUUUUCAUUUCCCGCCUGGUGCGUGGAGGCCUGGCUGAGAGUACAGGGCUGCUGGCGGUCAGUGAUGAGAUCCUUGAGGUCAAUGGCAUCGAGGUGGCUGGGAAGACUUUGGACCAAGUGACAGACAUGAUGGUUGCCAACAGCCAUAACCUCAUCGUCACUGUCAAGCCCGCCAACCAGCGCAAUAAUGUGGUGCGUGGGGUGUCUGGGCAUCUGACAGGGCCUCCCUCUGCAGGGCCUGGGACUGCUGAGCCUGAUAGUGACGAAGACAGCAGUGACCUGGUCAUUGAGAACCGCCAGCCUUCCUGUUCUAAUGGGUUGUCCCAGGGGCCUCCAUGCUGGGACCCACACCCCAGCUGCCUACUUUCUGCUGCCCGCACCUCUCUGCCCUCCCUGGAUAACCAGGAGCAGGCCAGCUCUGGCUGGGGGAGUAGCAUCCGAGGAGAUGGUAGUGGCUUCAGCCUCUGA